AUGAAUGCUGGAACGGAUUUUUGUCAGAUCGACGGCGACAUACCAGUUCUUACCUGUUGUGGACCGGCGUCGGUGACAAGGUUGACGAGCUUUCGACAGGGUGCUCUGAAGCUUGGUUUAGGGCAUGAAAAUUUUUUGCGAAGCAACCAGAUUUGGUGUUCCUUUGACCCACACGGCGACGGAGAUGGCUUAGUUCCGAUGGACAUGGAGCAAAGUAGUCUGAAAUUAUUAAUUAUAUGUUCCUACGAAGGUGAGCAUCAUGUAAUUCGUUUAGAAGAGGGCACCAUGCUGGAGGAUCUUUACCGGAAUAUAUCGAAAAGAUGGAAUAAAGUAAUGUUUGUGGAUAUGAUUGCACGGUGUAGAAGCGAGCACCAGAGCGUGCCUCUCCGAAGCACGGUUGAACGCAGGGGUGAGGCCGAAUGUUCGGGAUUGAACGAAGAUUGCGCAGAUGGUAUCUUUAUUCCCGACGAAAGUACUAGUCUAAUUGCAAUGCAGAGAUGCAUUGUCGGGGAAGGUCAGACAUUCAAGGGACCGCAAGAGUUUAGAAAGUUAUUGAAGAAUUAUUCUAUUGCCACUCAAAAACACUUCAGGUACCAAAAGAAUGAUUCGAGCAAAAUUAUUGCGGUGUGCAUCGACAAAGGCUGUGGUUGGCGUAUUUAUGCAUCCUUCCAUGCUCGUGAUGCAUCAUUCAGCAUUCUGUAUAAGGCAUCCGACAUCCGGGAGCAUAUCCAAACAGAUUAUUGGAUUGACGUGAAAUAUCAUAAAGCAUGGCGUGGCAAGGAGAAUGCGAUAAGGGCAAUUAAUGGUGGAGGUAGAGACAGUUUCUCACAACUUCCGUGGUACUGUCAUACACUUCGGGAGUCAAAUCCGGGAAGUAUUAUAGACUGUGAAGUUGAGCAGGCAACCAAACGUUUCCAGCGCCUUUUUGUUUGUUUAGGUGCAUGCCGGCUGGGUUUUUUGAGGGGUUGCAGGCCCCUACUCUUUCUUGAUGGGACACAUAUAAAAAACAAACACAAAGGGUGUCUGCUAAGUGCAAUUGCAGUGGAUGGGGAUAAUGGGAUGUUUACUUUAGCAUUUUCUGCUGUGUCUACGGAAAAUGAUGAAAAUUGGGAGUGGUUUUGCUGGAAGCUGCGAUCUGUUUUAGAAUGUGAGGGACAUACGGAUUGGAAACAGUACACAUUCUUCUCGGAUCGGCACUCGGGUUUACUAAAGUCAAUCUCGUGCGUCUUUCCCGGAGCACAUCAUGCGUACUGUCUCCGACACUUAGUGGACAACUUCCGUACCCAGGUUAUGCGGAGAUACCCAAUGCAUAAAAAGAAACGAUGGACCGCUGUCUUCAAUAAGGCCGCCUAUGCUCCGGUGAGGAGAGAUUUCGAAAACCACAUUAGUUCUGUGGUCGAAUCAAUGCCAUUGGCCAGGGACUUCAUUACCCAAUCACACCCAAAAUGUUGGGCAAAUUCACUAUUCAGAGGCACUCAUUGGGGAAUAAUAAAUAAUAACAUUGCUGAGUCAUGGAAUAGUUGGGUGAGAUCCGCGAGGUCAAUGCCAUUCGUUGGGAUGUUGGAUACCAUUAGAAGGCAAGUGAUGGUAAUGAUGAAUGAACGCCGCGAAAAGUCAGAGAUAAUGCACGGAAGGCUCUGUCCAAAACAGGAGAGCAAGUUGGCACUAUCGUACAUGGCGUCUCGACGGCUACAGUGCAGUUCAUCCUCUAGAACUGUAUUCGAGGUAACAGAUUGUAAUGAAAGAUACGCAGUCGAUUUGGAGGCGCGCAAAUGCUCUUGUCGAGAAUGA